UUGUGGGCACACCGAGGCUGUUUAAAAGCUAAUGGAGUGUCCUGAAGCGAGCAGCGUGAAGGAAGCGAACACAGGCUUAAUAGUUUAUUCAUUAUUCAGCACUCUGCUGUGGCAGCUCUAACUAUCGGGGGAUUUGAGUUACACUUGGAGGUGCAAGAUGAAGUUUUUUCUUCUGAUGAUUUUGAUCUAUUACCCUGUAGCUUAUUGUCAUGAUAGCAGUGAUUCAGACAGUGAUGAGGGAAGAUCGAGCUCUCAUCACUAUAGUAGCAGCGAGUCUGAGUCUGACAGUGAUGAGAGAGGCAAUCAUCAGCCGGGGUUUCAGCCGUUUCCUCCCUGGCCUUCCUUGCCUAUCUGGCCAUUUCCUGGUCUGUGGCCGCAGCCACCACCAGCUCCUGUCCCACCUCCACCUCCACCUCCACCUCCACCUUCAGCAACAACAUCAAGCCCAACCACAACAACAACCACAACCACAACCACAACCACAACCACAACCACAACCCCUGGACAGCAGACCCCCCAGACUACCGUUGUUAUAACCACCGAGGAGCCGCGAGGAGACAACGGCUGAACUGUGAUAACAGAUUAAGUUACUCAGUGAUAUGGAAAUGAAUGCUGUGUGUGUGUGUGUGUGUGUGUGUGUGUGUGUGUUUUGCAUUUACAGUAUAUAUGUUGGUAGUAGUUUUUUCAUGUACGUAUAUGUACAGUAUUUGUCUGUGUAUUUCAGUAUUGGUUAAGCAACCUUUCCUCAUUCUCAUGCAUUUUUCUGUAGACAACUUUCAUGCACUUUUCAUAUAAUUUCAAUUAUACUACAUUUUUUAUGCCAACAUGCAUAUAAAAACCUAAAGAAUGAAGUGCUAUAUUGUGAUUUGCAACAUGUAAAAGUGAGACAGGCACUUUGUCGGGGUGUAAUUAUGAGUUUGGUCACCUGUGGGAGGAUGCUGACGACACACUGAUGUAACAUCCACUCAGCGGGCACACACACAUCACCAUCCCCGGAUCAACACAGCUUAAGAAAGGGACGAGUGUUGAGCCUUUAAUAUCCAACUCUUUGCUUCACAAGUGACGUCUGUCACACUGUACUUUUAUCAUGACUCAGCCCAUUCAUCGCACUGCUCUGCAAACUCUUUGCUGCGUUUAUUCAUGGAAACUUGACUGUACAACAGCGUUAACAUUCCCACACAUCUUAAAGCAUAAUUUAAUUACUGUUCUUUCAUUUUCAUGUUUUGUGCCAAAACUUUGGGUUUCGUAAAGCUACUCAUUAUGAAUGUAAUCUUAUUUCUAAGGUUUUGUGUCUUGUCAAUGUUAAUUUAACUUGCAAAUUGUGUUAAAUAAUGUAAUCCAACAGGCAGGGGUUGGUGAAAAUCAAUCAUUUUGAAUCAUGCACUGAAUAAUGUUUUGUAAUUUGUAUUUGAUGGGGGUUUUGAAAAAUAAAAUACCAUUUUUGAAUGUU